AUGACAUCAUAUUUUAAUAAUCAGAUUCUUGGUCUAUUUCUUCAACAACAAAAUCAUUACCUUAAUUUUGUUCAAAAUAAUACUCCUUUAUUUCAACCUAUAAUUGAUGGAUUACCUAUUGUUAAAAUUCCUAAUAAUUUUGAAAAAAAUAUUAUCAAUUCAAAUUUAAGUUCACCAGAAUCAAUAUUAAGUUUGGAGGAGGAUACAAAAGAAAAUAAGCAAAAUAUUAAAAGGGUAACUGAUUUUACAAAAAUUACAAGACUUCUUGAUAUUCAAAAUGAAUCUAAAGAAAAUGAAAAAAUUAAAAUUCAAGAAAGUGGUAAUAAAAGAAAACGUAAGAUGUCAUCAGGUAACAGUUCAAUAUCAUCUAAAUCAUCACUAAGCCCAAAUUGUUCCUGUCCUAUAUGUGGUAAAGGUUUCUCAAGACAUUGGCUUCUUCAAGGACAUAUACGAACACAUACUGGUGAAAAACCAUUUAAAUGUACUGUAUGUAAUAAGGCAUUUGCUGAUAAGUCUAAUCUUAGAGCUCAUAUUCAAACACAUUCAGGAGUAAAACCAUUUGAAUGUCAUCGUUGUGGUAAAAGAUUUGCAUUAAAAAGUUACCUUUCUAAACAUGAAGAAUCAAGUUGUGCAAGAAUAAAUUUUAAAAUAAUACCAAAGAAUACAAAUUUUAUUCAAAAUUUACCUUUCACACACCCAUAUAUGCCUAAUGAGAUGUCAUUAAAUAUUUCUAAUUUUCCUCUUCUCUUUCCACCACAUUCAAGAAUUUAA